AUGCGUCAUCUUCUUCACCCCCUCUUCCUGGCUCUACUGGCCAAGGCCCAGAAGGUAGGCGACCUCCAAGAGGAAGUCCACCCCAAGCUCUCCUGGAAGCGCUGCACCUCCAGCGCGGCCUGCGAGACCGUCCAGGGCGAGAUCACCGUCGACGCCGAGUACCGCUGGCUGCACCUGGUCGACGACUACCACAGCUGCUUCGAGAACCAACAGUGGCAGGCGGACCAGUGCAACAGCACGCAGUCGUGCACGGAGCGGUGCGCGCUCGACGGCGCGUACUACCCGGGCUACGGCAUCGCGGCGACCGGCGACGCGCUGUCGCAGAGCUACUACACGCCCAUCGAUUUUGGUAGGAGCUUCAACUCGCGCGUGUUCCUGAUGGAAGGGGGCGGGGAUCGGUAUCAGACGUUCACGCUGCUGGGGAACGAGCUUGCUUUUGAUGUCGAUCUGUCGACGAUGGCGUGCGGGUUGAACGGGGCGUUGAGGUUUCUUGCGAUGGAUGCGGAUGGCGGGAUGGAGAGGUUUCCUGGGAACGAGGCCGGGGCGAGGUUUGUGGGAGGUCAGGCCAACUUCGAGGGUUGGACACCCUCUCCCUGGGACCCUGUUCGCGGCGAAGGGAAUCUUGGGGCGUGCUGUCCCGAGUUCGACGUAUGGAACUCCAACUCCCAAGCCUUCCAGACGACUUCGAAGCUUUGCCGAGCCCGCGUCAAUUCGUACACGGUCUGCGCCAACGGCGAAUUUUGUAUGCUUGAGCGCCUUCCCAUGUGCGACAAGGACGGCUGCGAUUACAACCCCUACAGACUGGGCGUGACGGACUUUUACGGGCCGGGCAAGACGGUUGAUACGACCAAGAAGUUUACGGUUGUCACGCGUUUUGCCGCGGACAAAAUCACCAAGUUCUUCGUCCAGGACGGCGUCAAGAUCGAGACUCCUGCGCCUGCGACUGCUGGCAUUCCCGACGGCGAUGAUCUGAGCAAAGAGUAUUGCCGGGCCAAGGCUAGCGUCUUUCAAGAGCGAGACUUCUUUGAGGAGUUUGGGGGGUUCUCUCGGCAGAGUGAUAUGCUGAGUCGACCUAUGGUUAUGGCCUUGUCCAUUCAAGAUGACUAUUACGCGUGGAAUACCUGGCUUGAUUCGACGUACCCUGCCAAUAGCGGUGAUUUUCCGGGUCGCACUCGAGGUCCUUGCCCGUGGGAGCAGAAUGAUCCGAAUAGCCCGGAUAGGCAAUUGGACUGGUACAAAGCUAAGGUUGCGUGGUCCAACAUUCGGUUCGGUCCAAUCGGUUCUACAGUGGCUGUUUAA